AUGAAAUUGAGAUGGGUUUCAGUGCUGAUUGUGAAUAAUGUGAUGGUGUUUGCUGAAACCGAUGCGCAUAAAACAAUGCUCGGAGCACAGUACUACGAUGGUAAAAAAAUGGUUGUACCGCUAUCCGAAGAGGCUGCGGAAGACUUAUUUGAACAUUGGACAUCGCAAGCGUUGAGUAGCUUUAUGGCAGCGAUCGCUGCUGAGAGGUACUCCUUUUUUCCAGAUUCCAGAUCUUUCAGAUUGCAUCAAAAUCCUUCUCAGAACUAA